AUGCCGCUCGCAAGGAAGCUCGUCCCUUCCAUUGAGUCACCGCUUCAGCGCCGAUUUGCUUCGACACAGACGCCCAACGUUUCCCAGGAUGUGAAAACCCAGGCAAAGAAGGAGGCGUCGCUGCCCAACCCCGAUCCCGCUGCGGAUUCGGCGACGCAGGCUUUCAUCCAGGAUCGAGCUCCGUAUAUGGUGCCUACCUACGUUCGACCGGCCCCGAUGAUGGUGAAGGGACAAGGAUGUUAUCUGUGGGAUAUGGAGAACCGGCGGUACCUGGAUCUGACGGCAGGCAUUGCCGUUAACUCUCUCGGCCAUUGCGACCCUGAGAUUUCUAAGAUCAUUGCCGAGCAGGCCGAGACUCUCAUUCAUGCCUCCAACCUCUACCAUAACGCCUGGACUGGUGCUCUCAGCAAGUUGCUGAUCAACAUCACCCGCGAGUCGGGUGCCAUGCGCGAUGCCUCCCAGGUGUUCAUCUCCAACUCCGGCACCGAAGCCAACGAGGCCGCCAUUAAAUUCGCUCGCAAGGUUGGCCGCUCCCUCGACCCGUCGGGCGCGAAGUACGAAGUCGUUUCCUUCCACAACUCCUUCCACGGUCGCACGAUGGGCGCUCUGUCUGCCACGCCGAACCCCAAGUACCAGACUCCCUUCUCGCCCAUGCUUCCGGGGUUCAAGUACGGAAACUACAAUGAUGUCGAGCAGCUGCAGACCAUCAUCAACGACAAGACAUGCGGAGUGAUCGUUGAGCCUAUCCAGGGCGAGGGUGGUGUCAACGUUGCUACCCCGGAGUUCCUCGUGGCGCUGCGCAAGCGCUGCGACGAGGUCGGAGCCGUCCUGGUCUUCGAUGAGAUCCAGUGCGGUCUCUCCCGUACCGGUACUUUCUGGGCCCACGCCCAUCCCUCUCUUGCGCCUGCCUCCGGCGAGGCUGCGCACCCCGAUAUCCUGACCUCCGCCAAGGCCCUCGGCAACGGUAUUCCCAUCGGUGCGACCAUCGUCUCCGGAAAGACGGUUGCGGAGCACAUCAAGGCCGGUGAUCACGGAACCACCUUCGGUGGCAACCCUCUGGUCUGCCGCGUUGCGCAUCACAUCGUUGAGCGUCUGGGCUCGUCUGAGCUGCAGAACUCGGUGGACGUGAAGUCAGCUCAGCUGGUUUCCGGCCUGGAAGCCCUCCAGAAGAAAUUCCCUGGUGUCAUCUCGCAAAUCCGCGGCCGCGGUCUGAUUCUCGGCGUUCAGCUUUCCCCUGAGUACACGGCCAAGGCGUCCGAAUUGAUCACUGCCGCGCGGGAACGGGGCAUGUUGAUCAUCACCGCUGGUGACGGCUGCCUUCGAUUUGUGCCUCCUUUGACUAUCACUGAGGAUCAGAUCAAGAUCGCCUUGAAGAUCUUGGAGCAGGCCUUUAAAGCUGUCGUCAAGGCAUAG